AUGGAGUUCGCCCACCGCUGCUUCGCGAUGCUAGCCCGAUGGCUCUGCCCGGGGGCCGACGACGAUCACGCCGCCAUAGCCCGGAGGCUCGGCAUGCUGCCCGAGCUCGAUCACGACGACACCCUACCCCUAUGGGCCGAGGCGCAGAAGGCCAUGAAAGCCCGGGCCGAGGCCCGCAACAGCCUGGAGCCGUUCGCGCUCCGCCUGAACAAGCGCCUCGCUGACCACGCCGGCAGGAGCGGCAACCUGCUCUUCUCGCCGCUGUCGCUGGUCGACGCCCUCGGCGCGCCCUCGCAGCACGACCUCACCUGGUACGCCUGCACGCUGGCCGAGCAGGCCCUCGCCGACCAGUCCCGGACGGGUGGCCCGUGCGUCAGCUUCGCGUGCGGCUUGUGGCACCACACCACCAUGCGCCUCCGCCGACGCUACCGCGUCGCCGCCGAGUGGGACUACAAGGCCGUCACCCGCGCCGUGAGCUUCCACCAAGAGCCAAAGGAGUCAAUGGAGCAGAUCAACGCUUGGGUGGUGGCGUUGACGAACGGCCUCAUCCCCUCCAUCGUCGACGGAGAGGCGCCGUCCCACCCCACCGACCUGGUGCUCGUCAAUGCCAUGUACUUCAAGGGACAGUGGAACAAGACAUUCUUCGAUAAGGCACGCCAUCUGUUUCACCGCCUCGGCCGCACCGCCGUCGACGCGGCCUUCAUGCGUGGCUUCGGCGCACAAAGAAUCGCGUGCCAUGACGGCUUCAAGGUGCUCCAGCUGUGUUACAAGCAAGGCACGAAGCACCGGCUUCAAGGAGGUUGCCCCUUGCCCGCCCUGCUGCAGCCGGCGCCGAUCUACUCCAUGUGCGUCUUCCUCCCUGACGCGCGGGACGGGCUGUGGCGGCUCAUCGACAUGAUCGCUUUCGACCCUGAAUUUCUGCGCAAGCACCUGCCGAGGAGCGACGUCGAGGUCGGCGACUUCCGGCUUCCUAAAUUCAAGGUCAGCUUCGGCAUGACGAUGAACGGCAUACUCAGGGGCAUGGGGCUCAAGGAGGCUUUUGAGCCGGGAAAGGCCGAUUUGUCCGACAUGACGGAGGACGGCGCAAGAGAAAGCAGGAGGCUGGAGCAGGUGGUCCACAGGGCCAUCAUUGAGGUGAACGAGGAAGGCACCGAGGCCACGGCUGCCACCAUGGUGGACACUUGCUUGUGUACUAGUCAAGAAGCGGCUCCACCACCACCUCCGCCACCGCUGCAUGCGGACUUCGUCGCUGACCAUCCUUUUGCCUUCUUUGUCAUCGAGGAGGUGUCUGGUGCGAUCCUGUUUGCGGGUCAUGUUCUUGACCCCACGAUCAAAUGA